GCUGACCCUCUCUCUCUCUCCCCUGGGUAGACGGUGAUGUUCUGGGACGUGAGCGAUGGCGUCUCCCCCCGCGCUCGGCCCGGUCGGGGGGGUCACCGCGACUGGGUGACCGGCUGCAGCUGGGGCCCGCGGCACGCGGCUUCCUGUUCCAACGAUGGGCUGGUCCGCUUGUGGGACCCAGAAUCCGUGGAGUGCCUCCGUGAAAUGAAGGGCCAUUCCUCUCUGACUGCCAUCUGCAUUGUGGGCGAGUUCGUCGUGUCCACGACCGGAUCGGGGGUCCUCCACGUGUGGGCAGAUUCGGGAGCAUCCGUGACCAACAUCCCAGCACACGCGUGUGCCAUCAACUACUUGGUGGCCUGUCGGGGAAAGAGGGAACGGGCGGCAGGAGAGGAAGAUGGUGAGAUCACGGAACACGUGUCAAUAGACAACAGGUGCAGGAGGAGGCCAUUCGGCCCCUUCGAGCCAGCACCGCCAUUUAUUGUGAUCAUGGCUGAUCAUCCCCUAUCAAUAACCCGUGCCUGCCUUCUCCCCAUAUCCCUUGACUCCACUAGCCCCUAGAGCUCUAUCUAACUCUCUCUUAAAUCCAUCCAGUGACUUGGCCUCCACUGCCCUCUGUGGCAGGGAAUUCCACAAACUCACAACUCUCUGCGUGAAAAAGUUUUUUCUCACCUCAGUCUUAAAUGAC